GGACAGAGGUGCCUGUGAGCUUUACUGGACCUCAAGGUUUUCUCAAGGAGGGAGCCACAGAGAAGACAGCAGACACCAUGGGAUCCCCUUCAGUCUUUACCCACAGAGGACUUGUCCACUGGCAAGGACUCCUGCUGGUUGUCUCACUCUUAAACUUCUGGAGCCUGCCCACCACUGCCCAACUUGCUAUUGUGUCGACCAAUGUUGCUGAAGGGAAAGAUGUGCGUCUACAGCUCCGCAAUGUGCCUCCCAAUUAUACAGGCUUUGUGUGGUACAGGGGAGACAGGGCAAACAGCCAGAAUGCUAUCGCAUCUCUUUACAUAACCCUAAGAAUGUAUGUAAAUGGGGCUACAAACACCGGUCGAGAGGAUAUACUCUACGAUGGGUCCUUGCUGAUAAAGGAGGUCACCCUGAAGGAUGCAGGAGUCUACACUGUAGUAGUCAACCUUCCAGGUUCAAAACAAGAAAUAGGAUUUGGACGGCUUAAUGUAUACUAGCCUGUGAGAAAGUCCACCCUCCUAGUCAGCAACACCACAGUCACAGAGUAUAAGGAUGUCAUGGUCCUCACCUGUAACACAGAUGCAGUCUCCACCCACUGGUUAUUCAAUGGCAUGAAUCUGCAGCUCUCGGAGAGAAGGAAGCUGUCCCAGGACCACAGAAGCCUCACCAUAGACCCUGUCCAGAGGGAGGAUGUUGGUUUAUACCGGUGUAGAGCCUCCAACCCCAUCAGUUAUGCUGAAAGUUGGGCCCUUGAGCUGCAUAUGAAAUCCAAGUGACCCUCCUUCCCUCUCUAUGUUAUUUAACUCUAAAUAAAGUUUUUGCAUUAUCAUAAUA